CAGAGAAAGAGAGAGAGAGCGCUUUACAGGCACGACCGCUCGUCUCUGGGAACGAAAGAGAGAAAAUGUCAUUUCACACUUAUGAGAGAGACUGUUUAUGAGGAGCAGCUUGUUGUUCAGUCUCCCCUUGACGUUUGAAGGACCACAGCAUCAACUUUGCGGGUGAUGCGGUGGGCUUCCGCGCGGCUCCGGGUUCAACAUCGCGUUUGUUCGCGCUUCACCGAUAUAACUUUCACACGGCGUUAAUAUACCGGACUGACGACAAACUAUUGUAGGUCAUUUUUUUUGGUUGGUGAUAAGGAAGACAUAUUUAGGUGGCUUUUGGAGUGGAGACGCACGGAUAUCCCGCACGUGUGGAGUACCAAAACUGAUCCACAGGAUUUAAAAGCAUGGACAUACCGAUGAAUGGAUGGUAACUACCUGGCCACUAUUGUACCAAGUACUUGUAGUAAAGUUUUUGAAAGCCAGAAUGGAUGUGAAAAGCAAGCGGUGUAAUACCGCGAAAAGUGACAUGCGGCGCGUGUAAGGCAACGCACCUUUCGGACUGAUCGUCAUGGAAACAUCGCGUUUCUCUCAAUUUCACUCGUUAUCAACGUACGGAGGUCGAGAUGCUGAACGGAUCCCUGAAAAGUUCACGCGCUGAGCUUUGACUUUACUUUUGCGGUGUUUGCGUAAGAAUGUAAUGCUUGUGAAUGAGACUCAUCCACACAUGAUUAUUAAAUAAAUACAGAUACAUUUCUCCUGACAAAUCUAUACAUUGACUGAGCUUGUAUUGUCGCACUUGCAUUUACAUUAUGGACAAGAACUGUAUUGCAUAUCAGAUGGAGUUGGCACUGUUGAUGGUCGUCCUGCUGUUUUGGGUCACCGUGUGUGCGGAUGACAGUAAGAUCAUAUCAGACCGGUAUGCGGUUUACUGGAACAGCACCAAUCCCAGAUUCAUGCACGGAGAAUACACGGUGGAGGUGGCCAUCAACGACUACCUAGACAUAUAUUGUCCGCACUACGAGGAUCCACUUCCUCAGGAGCGCAUGGAACGUUACAUACUGUACAUGGUCAACUACGAUGGCUACACCACCUGCAACCACCACAUGAAAGGCUUCAAGCGCUGGGAAUGCAAUCGCCCGAUGAGUCCGAACGGGCCUCUUAAGUUCUCCGAGAAGUUCCAGCUGUUUACUCCCUUUUCUUUGGGCUUCGAGUUUCGCCCAGGCCAUGAAUACUACUACAUCUCCUCACCACACCCCAACCUCGCUGGGAAACCAUGUUUGAAGUUAAAAGUGUACGUCAAACCUACGAAUGACUCCCUCUAUGAGUCUCCAGAGCCGUUCCUGACAGAUGACUCCAGUGGUGGCGGUUGCGCAUUAACACCCAGCCUGUGGCUCAUCCUUCCUUUGCUUCUGCUUCUGUGUCCUUCAUAGCAUUACAAUCCUCUUCUCCUGACCACGCCCAUCCAACAUGCCCCGCCCCACAUUACAUCAUAACAUCAUACUCUUCCCCUAUCAGUUCUGGACGCUAGCCAACAGACAUUGCUCCUCACCUGCCUUCUUGCACUGCUAAAUACGGAUUUCUCUCCGUCCUGCAACCCUGCAGGAUGUCCGCGAACCAACUUUUAUUGUAAACGCCCAAAUAUGGGCAGCAACGGCUGUGAGUAAAAGACAGAGAGCAUGUAAAGCGGCUGCAUUUCGUCCAGAUUCAACCGACCGCCACCUGUUAACCACCUACCUGAGCCAUCGCUGUCACCCGAGCUCAAGAUGUCCUAUUGUGAGUGCGUGAGCGUCCAUACAUGUGUUCGUGCUUGUCUGUGCGUGGGUGCGAGUACUCUGAUGUUUGCCUAUAAACAGAUGUACUGUACAGAGCGGUCACAGUCACAUACGAAAUUACUAGAAAAACUUGUUCCAUUACUCAUUGAAAGUAUAUCUGUGAAUCUGCCAAAGACACUAAGUACUUAAACUUUUUUAAUAAGAGGGGUGGGAAAUUGGUAUAUUGGCUUGGUAUAAGAUCACAUGUUAUCGUGGAACUAGAGUUUGGGAAUCAUGGGAGGGGAGGUGAUGUGACAACGACAAUGUAGAUUUUUUUAUCUUGUUUGUCAUACAAAAUACAAGAAUGUUGAGUAGAUGAAAAACAAUAGCUAAAAUUGCCUUUUUUUCACUGGUGCUUAAUCUGAAAUGAAUUUGUCUGUCUCGAACUGCAACAUGAAUCAUUAUUUUUGUAUCUUUUCCAGUGAAAGAUAGAUCAAUUUACUUUUAAGAGCAAACAUUGUGUUAGAUGAGUCGUUUAGGGAAUAUUUAUUUAAUUAAAUUUAUUUUCCUCAUAUUUUCUACAUUACCAUUGGCAUAUAGUUUAGGAAUCUAAAAAUUAAUUUGGUUAUGCCUAAAACUUAAAAAACAAUACACAAUAUUAUCUUGCGUUGGAAAAAAUUAUGUCAAAUUAACAUUAAAUUUUUUUACAAAUUAAGUUAAAUAAUUUUUAAAAGUUAGAUCAACUUAUCAGUUGAAAGUCAAAAUGUAAAAUAUUAGGUUGAAUUGACUUUUUUGUGAUUUUUACUUCUUGAGGAAAUUUAUCUUGUGUUAACAAUAUUUAAGUAUUGUUUUUUACUGGAAAACUAAACAAAAAUAUUGAUAAAAAAAAGGAUUUUUGCAGUGUAUACAGUGCCAAGUGGAAGAGGGAUGUCUGUCGAAUGUUUCGCGUUUCGGCUUUCUAACCUUAGUCCCGACCCGUGUUACUCCUUUGUAUUCGCCUCUCUCUUUCUCUGUCCUUUUUGAAUGUGGUCUUUUUCUAUGUGCUGCCCCGUCACACAUAGAUGUCCCACAUUUGCACUCUCUCCCUUUAUCUGUGCUGAGAAGGACCGCUGAUCUAGAGGCCUCGGGACCCUGUGACAUCACAGCCUUUGGCGUACAGACUGACGGGUCGAGGCCUUGCACUGCAAACAGACCGCUAUGAACAAGACUUUACAUAUAUAUAUGAGGGAUUUCAAAUCCACACAGCACUUCUGCUUUUGUGACAAUUUCAUUGAAAAAAUGACAAGGAAAGGGGAACCUAUACAGAUGUGGGAAUAUUUGUGCAUUGUUUUGUGACUGUGCAAGAAUAUAUGUCCUGAAGAUUUCAAGGAAAGUCGUCAUGGAUCGCCUAUAGGAGAACGACACUCGAAUAAUGUUUUUUUUUUAUGUUCGUUGGAAGUUUUAUAUUUUACUUAUUCCUGUGUUAUUUUUAACUUUACUUUACAAAAGAGCAGCAGAAAUUAUUCAUAUGUGAUAUGAAACUAUAAUGUAGACCCUUGAACUAUUAGAGCAAUGAUGGUACCAGUUCUGCAGUUAAACCAGUCUAGACAAGUCAGAUGUCGCUGUUGUUGUUGUUGUUGUUUCCCGCUUGUAUCACGAUGCAUUCUGGUACAUGUAGUCCUAAAAUAUUUUUUUUCUCCAAGUGUUACUAUGAAAUUAUUUUUAUUUGUUAAUCAUGUGAAUAAAACAUAUUUUGAGUUCCUAUAAAAUGUUCAGAUGCUCUGGCAAAGGACAACUACGAAAAAAAGAAACAAUGAAAUAAAGCUUUUUUGUUUACAA